AAAGCACACACAUAUUGCACACACAUUGCAUCAGCAGUAAAAUAAGAAAAUAGAAUAAAUAGAAGAUACUGCUGCUGUUUUCCAGAAUUAGGCCAUAGAUGCGACAACUGACAAUGGACAUGGCGUGCCUCCAAACACUGAAGCUUGAAAUCAAAACUUUGGAGAAAAUAUUCCCGAGGAAUCACUUGCAGUUUCAGAUAGUCAACGCCAAUCUGGACGAGCUUUUGUGCAGAUUCAUCGACAAGAAUGGCAAGCACUAUGAUAUCCAUGCGAACAUCACGGAGACGUAUCCAUCGACGCCGCCAGUUUGGUUCGCCGAGAACGACGAGCCGAGCAUAGUGCAAGCCCUGCAAAUCCUGAGCAACACUAAUGGACAGGACAACCACGUAAUCAUUCAGGUUGAGCUGCUUCUCCGCGAGCUGUGCCGUUUCCACAACAUUGCGCCGCCCAGUGAUAUUGAUAAUUUGACGAUACCAUUGGAAACGGAGCAGCUGGCCGUCUGUCAAGAGGAUAACGACUCUGAUUCCGAUGAGAAUGAAAUAAAGGAAUAUGAUACUUUCUUCUGUGAGAGCGAGGCGGGUAACGAGUGUGAUGAAAUUUUACCCUUGGCAAUGGAAAACUUUCAAAUAACUAACGCAAAUGAUGUCAUGGACCAGGAGCAAUUAGCGACUCUUAAAAGGUUGCGUCAAAGUCAAAGACAGCAACAUUUGAAAGGUUGCGCUGGCAGUUCCGUGCAGGCCACCGAUCGCCUGAUGAAGGAGCUGCGCGAUAUUUAUCGAUCGGAUGCAUUCAAACAGAAAACAUACUCUAUUGAGCUGGUUAACGACUCCAUUUACGAGUGGAACAUUAGCCUCAACUCUGUGGAUCCGGAUAGUCCACUUCACGGGGAUCUAUUGCAGCUAAAAGAGAAGGAGGGCGCAGGCGGUAUUCAGUUCAGUGCCCUAUUUAGGGAAACGUAUCCAUUUGAUCCGCCGUUUGUCCGUGUCGUGCAUCCAAUCAUCUCUGGUGGCUAUGUGCUCAUCGGUGGCGCCAUUUGCAUGGAGCUGUUAACCCCUCAGGGCUGGAGCUCCGCCUACACUGUCGAGGCGCUGAUAAUGCAAAUAGCCGCUACGCUGGUCAAAGGCAAGGCGCGUAUACAAUUCGGAGCCACCAAGAAACUCACACAGGCCCACUACAGUCUGGCACGUGCCCAGCAAAGCUUCAAGUCGAUGGUGCAGAUUCAUGAAAAAAAUGGUUGGUUCACUCCACCCAAGAUGGAUGGCUAAAUCUCGAGCCGUGUACACAGAGUACACACAAAACCUAGCAAUUGAUAGACAAAAAUUCGAGCUAUCAUCAGAACUGUCACUAUAAACUUUCAGUUCUGCCUUGUAAUAAAUUACUGAACAAUGAAA